GAGGACACAAAUGCAAGUUGUCUGACUGAGCUUUGCUUUUAAUUUUCUGUAAAGGAGUAGACUGGGAGGAAAAAAGUAUUAUAGAGAUGGCACCGAAACGAGAACCAUCAAUUAAGAAGUCUCCAUCGGGAGGAACAUUACCAAGACAUGGACCACCAUUCCCUUGCCCAACCACAACACCCACAUCCCCGAAACCAGCACCUGAGCUAAAACCACGGAUGCUGCGUCCUCCCGAUUCACCCUUUGACCCCAGCACAUUAGAGAUUGAGUUUAACAUGGAUCAAAUACAUGAAUUCAAAGAAGCCUUCCUCUUGUUUGAUCGGACGGGAGAUGGAAAGAUCACCUACAGUCAGUGUGGAGAUGUGAUGCGUGCUCUCGGUCAGAAUCCUGUCAAUGCUGAGGUGCUAAAGGUCCUGGGAAACCCAAAGGCAGAAGAGAUGAAUCAUAAAUUGCUGGACUUUGAACAGUUCCUGCCCAUGCUCCAGGCCAUCGCUAAGAACAAAGACCAGGGCACGUUUGAGGACUUUGUAGAGGGACUUCGAGUAUUUGACAAAGAAGGCAACGGCACAGUCAUGGGUGCUGAGCUUCGCCAUGUUCUCACCACACUGGGAGAAAAGAUGUCCGAAGAGGAGGUAGAAACGCUGCUAGCCGGACACGAAGAUGCUAACGGUUGCAUCAAUUAUGAAGCCUUCGUACGUCAAAUCAUGUCUGGCUGAAAGACAUCAAGGGUGUACGUCCACCUCCUGCCCUCGACGUUAAUAACACAACUGGUCCGCAUGGUCAUGAGCGGUUGAAGAUGUGGAACACAGCCCAUUUGUUUGUUAUAUUUUGUGUGUUAUUUCAUAUAUAUAAAUAUAAAUAUAUUUUCUUCCUAUUCAUUCCAUUAUCCUUAUUUGCAUUUUGGCUCCAGCCCUCUUAUUUUUGCGUUCAUCUGGGUUUUAUAAUUAGAAGUGCCUUUAUCUUCUAGAGGUUCCCAUAUGACUCUUCCCAUUAGACACACACUUUGUCAAAUGGUAUUGAAAUCAUAUAGUAAUAUGACAGAUGUCUCUUGUGUGCUCUCACUGUCUGCAAUAAAACCUCUUGAUGCAGCACAUUAGCAGUGUGUUUGCAAUAUAUGCAGUGUAUCCUCAGGCAUCUCUGGUGGACAAUGCUGUAGUAAAAAUGUGGCCAGGCUUAUUUUUGGCCUUUUCAGAAGGCGCAGUUCCAUUUUUCCAAGAGAAAUUAGGAUUGAGAAAUUAUGAAUCGGAAAUGCAAUAACUUUUUCCUGUUUUAAUAUCUUGGAAUGUUCAGUUUGACCAAUAAAAUACAUUUUAAAGAUA